AACGCAUUUUUGAAAUAAACAAAAACCAGAAGCAUCCUCAGCUAGAAGUGGGGAAAACCUGAAAACAAACUGCAACUGCGUGAAGCGAAUCAGUCGACGCAAAUUAACCGGAAAACUUCCAGUCGCCGUCAGGCAGUUCGUCUCCUCCAAUCUAGUUAAAACCGGGAACCUUAAUCAAAAGAAACAAUCAUGGAUGUUGAUUCACAACCAAUGAUGGAGGAAACGGUUCUGGUUGGAGAUGAUUUAAUGUUAGGACCACCGUCACCCAUUAUUCCACCGGAAAUUGCUUCUCAUGUCCUUGAAGGUGUUAAUUUGUGCGAUGGGAUUUUACGGAACUUGUUUUUAUGCCUGCAAGUUAAUGACAUAGAGCCGUUUUGUCAAGAAGAGAUUGCACUGUAUCGUGAGUGUGCAGAGAAACGGGAUAAAGAACUAAGGCAACGUCUUCAAGAUAGCGAGUAUAAGUUAGGUUUAUCAAUGCCAUUGGAUUUAGCAAAAGAAAGAGCUUCUCAGCUUGAGUCUGAAACCACAACGUUAGAGAGGCGAUUGAUUCUUGCAAGUGGGAUGGAAGGUGCAGAAGGAUUUCGCCAAAGAUGGAGCUUGCAUGGCCGUCUUACUGAUACCAAGAAAAGAAUGGAAGCAUUAAAGCAAGGACUUGAAAACAGGAAAAACGACGAAAAUGUCACGACAAGCGUUAAAGCUCCAGCAACUAGAAGAUGGUUCUUUUGGUGAAAGUAGGAAAAAACAUUAAAUGAAAAGAUGUCCUGCAGUGAAAAAUAACCCAACACGGAUACUGUUGUCGGGAUUUGGUUUGUAUGUUUUGCCUGCAACUCAUUUCGGGUUUUUUGGGGUUCGUGGAGUUCUGUUUUGUAGCGGUUAACUCCCUUUUUUAAAUUAUUAUAAAUUUGAUUAUAGGAUGCAUAGAUUAUGAUAUGAUCAUAAUGGGUCACUUAUUGAUGUAAUUAUGCUUUGGUCAUCUUUGAAUGUGAAAGACCAUACGCUUAGCUAUUAUUC